AUGAGAAGUAUUCUAUGGAUCAGACAGCCUGGAGAUAACGCCCUGCAUGAACAGGGCCCCGUUCUAGGCGUCACUGGCACGUUUGCCAUGUUGAGAGAGUCGGGGGAGAAUCAGACUUUGGAAAAUGUUAAAACUACCAAGAAAGGGAUUAUUUUGAAUCCACAACCAUCGGAAUUCAGACGAGAUCCUCUAAAUUGGCCUCUAUGGAAGCGGGAUGCAGCGCUUCUCGUUGUGGGUUGGCACUGUUUCGUGGGUGGGGGGCAAACUUCAAUAUUAGCUGCAGGCAUGUCGUCUCUGGCAACUGAGUUCGACCGGAGUCUGUCUCAAAUAUCAUAUUUGGUCGGGGCAAUGAUGCUCGCGCUGGCCGCGGGCUCGGCCCUUGCGUCACCUACGGCAGUUUUAUUUGGCAAGAGGAUGGUAUACUUGGUCGGCAUUUUGAUAUUUUUCUGUGGUAGCAUUGGUUGUGCAGUAUCGCGCAACUACCAAAGUCUCCUCGCGUCCAGAAUUGUAUCUGGGCUUGGGGUCGCUACCGUCGAGUCUCUGCCAUCUGCAACAAUAGCAGAGAUAUACUUUGCCCAUGAGAGAGCGUACCGCCUUGGGCUUUACACACUUCUUUUACUGGGAGGCAAAAACCUCGUACCUCUGCUUGCGGCCUUUGUUUUUCAGAGGUUGGAUAGACACUGGCUAUUUUGGAUUGUCGCAAUUAUCGUAGGGAUAGACUUCUUUUUGCAUUUAGUGUUCGUUCCAGAAACCUUUUGGGAACGUGCGCCAGUACCCAACAAACGAUCUCUUCGCGAGACAGCCGUGGCACGCGCACAGAACGGCGCUCCAGUGGACCCUUCUGUUGGUACAGAUUAUGAGAAGGAGUUAGACCCUGACGAAGAAGCCAGUUUGCGACAUGUAGUUGCGCCAGUGGCACGCUGUGAUUCAACCAAAGCUACGCAAAACUAUCUCUACAGAAAAUCGUCGGCUAUAAGCUCUUUAAGACGCUCCAGCUUGGCAACCGGUCUUGGCUUUUAUCACGGACGACAUAGUGCAGACAAAUGGUAUAUGGUAAUGUUAAGACCCUUCGUUCUCUUUUGUUAUCCUGCUGUACUUUUUGGCUCAUUUCUUUAUGCGUUAGCGGUUGUAUGGUUGAUUAUGCUAUCGCAGAUUGUGGACCGCGUCUUUGCAGAUGAGCCCUAUAACUUCAGCUCCAUAUCUGUCGGUUUGGUUUACGUGGCUCCUUUCGUGGGCGGCGUGCUGGGAUCCAUAUCUGCCGGAUCCAUAAGUGACCGAAUGGUCAGGUUUUUAGCCGCUCGAAAUGGCGGAGUCUACGAGCCAGAAUUUCGCUUGCUGAUGGUCUUCCCUGCUGUUAUUGCUUCUGCAUUGGGACUUAUGGGAUUUGGUUGGUGUGCAGAGCGUGGCGACCCUUGGAUAGCGCCGGUAAUAUUCACGGGUGUCCUUGGAUAUGGCUCCUCUCUGGCAAGUACCACUGCCAUUACAUUUACAGUUGAUUCCUAUAAGCAUUUCGCCCAAGAAUCGUUAGUCACGCUAAAUGUUCUAAAGAAUGUGAUGGGCUUUGCCUUUUCUUUCUUUAAUGCGAAUUUCAACGCUGAAGAUGGCUAUAAAACUACAUUUGUUGUAUAUGGUUGCGUGGAAAUAUUCGUUGGUCUUUGUGCUAUACCAUUAUAUCAUUUCGGAAAGCGGUUAAGAUCUUGGACUGACCAGAUUGGUCUUUUAAAUUUUACCUAUAAGGACAAAAGAACCUCAGAGUUCGCAGUAGAUUCAGAUUCAGAUGGUUCUGAAAACCAGCAACGCUAA